AUGAAUAAUUCUCAGAACAUUAGUUACCAAGCUGGCCAGGCCAAGGGCCAAGCUCAAGAAAAGGGUAAUCAAAUAAUGGAACAAGCUAGCAAUGCUGCACAGUCUGCCAAGGAAACAAUGCAAGAGGCGGGACAACAAAUGAAGGCCACGGCACAAGGAGCAGCAAAUGCAGUUAAAAAUGCUACUGGCAUGAACAAAUGAAAAAUAUUCAUCUGAUCACAUC